CCGCUCGCUGCCCUUCUCACCACAACCACCAUCUCGCCCUUCUCCUCAAGCCUGUCCACCCACACCUCCAGCCCAGCAAUGUCGGUCGUCAACCAGCACCAGCACGACCCGGAGCACGGCGCCGAGAAGGCGCAGGGCGCCGGGCAGUUCCAGGGCGGACAGCAGGUUGGCCGCGCCGUCACGCCCGGCGGCCACAUUGUCAACGACGACCUCGUGGCCAUUGGCGCCUCGCACCGCAAGCUUGCCAACCCGCUGCCGAUGGGCGCCAUGUCCUUCGCGACCACGACGCUCGUACUCUCGCUCUACAACAUCCGCGUCGACGGCAUCACCGUGCCCAACGCCGUCCUCACCUUCUCGCUCUUCUACGGCGGCACCGUGCAGUACCUCGCCGGCCUGCUCGAGUUCUGCUCCGGCAACACUUUGGGCGCGACGAUCUUCGUCUGCUACGGCUGCUUCUGGUGGGGCUUCAGCAUGAUCUUCAUUCCGUUCUUCGGCGAGAUGGGCACGUACGACGGCGUGCCCGGCGUGUACAGCAUGACUGGCUCGGCCGCCGCCGAGGCAGAGAGCGCCAUCGGCCUCUUCCUCUUCGUCUGGCUCGGCAUCACGCUCAUCGUCACCAUCGGCGCCGCCCGCUCCUCCAUCACGCUCAUUGUGCUGCUCGUGCUGCUCGACAUUACGUUUGCGCUGCUCGGCUCCUUCUACUACACCGGCAACGUCAAGCUCGAGACGGCCGGCGGCGCAUUUGGCAUUGCGACGGCUCUGGUCGCGUACUACCUUGCCUUCGGCUCGCUGCUCACGCCAACAAUCUCGUACUUCACGCUUCCGCUUGGCUCCGUGGCGGUCAAGGACUAGGCUGGCUGCUCCAUAUUUACCCCGUCUGCGCGCCCGCGUGCCUGCUCCCUCUCCGGAUCGCUCUAGUCCUGCCGCGUGUACACUUGCGUCUCUUUCUCUGCAGCCCAGCAGCGGGCAAUGCAUGACUACUACUGC